AUGGGAGGCAAGCAGUCAACACCGUCAGAAAUAACCAUAUACAACGAGCCGCAAAUUCGGGUAAAUAUAUCAUUCAACGAUUCUCAUCUUACAGAAGAAUUUCCGCGACGAUCUAAAAAAAAGGACUUUCCUCCAGCUUUCACACAGCCUGGUCGAUCAAUUACAAAGGGAACGAGUGACAAUGCACGAAAGACCUCGGCACAUUUGACGCGGCAGCGCGAUACCAGUGAGCCAAUGCUACCGGAAGAACUAGAGAGAAUCGUUCGUGCACGUGUUGAAGAAGAACUGAACCGAAUCAGAGAGCUGGACGAGGAGACUCAAUGGCGCGCCAAUGAACAACUUCUUCAAAACAGAAUAAUCAUUGAAGAUAGUGGAGCCAAUGCGGUCGUGACGGAACGUGACAUAGAAGAGUUGACCAUGCGAGUCGAACGAAAAUAUGGGAAUAAGAUUUCACCCGAAUUGAUUGAACACCAACGAGCUGUGAUCUCUUGUUACAAGUAA